UGGUCCUCUUCCAUGGGGAGUGCUCUUCCGAUGACGUCGGAUCGGGUCUGCUAGCUGAGAAGCUCCUCCCUUCCUGUAGCCUCCCAGCUUUCAGACUCGAUCCGAUUUGGAUCAAGUCACGGUUUGAGCUGCUCCAUAACUUUGGAAGUAUUAUAACUCUAAUUGGAUAUUCUAAAUUGAUCCCUGCCUUCCAGCUAAUUGGACUUCUAAAUUGUUGCCUGCCUGAUUCCCCCAGGGGGGGGGGGAAUAAUUCCCAGCGAGCAAGGUUUCGUCCCGAGGCCGCUGAGGACUGAUCGAGGUGAGUUAAGCUCCCUCGAGGUGGAGAUUUCUCUGGCAGCGAGAGGGGUUAAACUCCCUAUGCCGCUGCAGCAGCCCUCAGGCAGGGAUUAGGUGGUUGCUUCCCCGCCGCCGCACCGGCUUCAGAAGGGGCGGGGAAGGCGGAGCCUCCACUGCUCCAUUGGGCUGCAUCGCGCCGGAAGGCACAGGAGCUGGGAGCCUUUCCCUCGGGCCUAAUCGCCCCAUUCUCCUCCGGCUCUCCUUUCAGCUCCGGCAGGACUGCAGGCAGGGCGAUUUUUCCUGCCUGUUCAGCAGCGAUUUGGCGCCCCCUGGGCUUUCGCCCACGCGCCUGGAGGGAAUUGCAAAGGAGACAGCACAGUCUAAUUGGAACUCAUUGCUGCCAAAACGGCUUGCAGCCUUCCUAGGCCUCUCCAGGGAUCCCUGCUCACCUCGUGGCAGCCGCCAUUUUGGCCUUUCUGCUCCCUCCACCAUUUUGCAUUUCUGCGAGGUCUGGGCCUCUUUCUACAAUGGCUCCCACCAGACAGUCUAAGACUAAGAGACAGGGCCCUUCUUUGGACCAACCUGGAACUUCAGCUGAGGUUCCUACAAAAAAGACAAAAAAAUCCUCCUCCAAAUCUUCUGAUUCUAGAUCAAGGGAGGAGAUGAGGCUGCACCAGGCAAUUGAACGUUCAAUACAAAAGGCCCUCAAGGAGGCCUCUAUUAAGGAAGCUGAGGCCUCAGCCUCUAUCCCUGCUCGGGCCUCCUCUCCUGUGAGACCUGAACCCAUUGCCCAGGCCUUGCCUCCAGCCUUAUCCCCGGAUGGGGAUGGGGCUUCUGUUCAGCCACAGCAACAAGUUAAUGAAUCUCUCUUUGGGAAUCAAGAAGAAGAGCCCUCUAGGGCUCAAUCCCCGGGGGGGGGCAGGGUUUCUCCUUCCCCAGUCCUGCAGAGUUCUGAUAACCAAGGGCAGGGGCCUGUAAUUUCCCCAGAUUUGGUGGCUUAUAUCCAUCAGGCCAUUCAGCAAGGCAUUCAGGCCGACAGACAGCGCAGAACAGCCUCAUGGGUUUCUGAUUCACCCUCUCACAUAGAUGUGGAAGGUUCAGGUCUUAUGUCAGAUAGGGUUCAACCCCCUGCCAGAGCUCAUUCAUCAGCUUCUUCUGUCCAAGGUUCUCUCACCGGUGAGGAGGUUAAGGACACUGAGUUGUCUGAUGAUGAAGACUUAACCCCAGACCAACCUUCUUUCAUAGGCCUAUUCAAACCCCAAUUGUUCAGGUCCUUAUUGCACAAAGCUAAGUUAACGACUGGUUUAGGAACACCCCGCCCUAAUCCGGCUGGGGAGGGGACUUCUUCAGUGCCUCUGUUUGAGGAACCUCUCAUUGAAACCGAAGAGAUCCCAGGCCCCAAAUUGUUCCGGGAUGUCCUCACUAAGCAAUGGCUUGCCCCUGCUUCGGGGCCUAGACCCAAUGCGUUGGACAAGCGCAUUUAUAAUAUGGCCCCGGAGUUUUCCUCCCUUCUGCAGGUGCCCUCGGUGGAUGCUCCGGUUGCCGCCCUUUCGACCUCUUCGUAUACUGCGGGCCCUCCAGAGGAGAACCUCCGGCCGGAGGAACGCCGUCUGGAACACGUGUUGGUCAAGUCUCACCAGGCUUCUGCAUGGGCCGUCAGAUCCUCAAUGGCUGCUUCCUUCUUUAACCGAGCGUCCAUUCUUUGGCUCAAGCAACUGCAGGAACGUCUUCCAGUGUCUGACUUACGCUCUCAGCAGGACAUUACUAAGGUACUGGCAGCUUUAGAGUUUUCGGCCGAUGCCACCUUGAAUUCAUCCAGGUUCACGGCCAAGGCCAUUGGGGCAACUAUCACGGCCCGUAGACUUUCCUGGCUCAGACAAUGGCAGGCAGACGCCAAAUCUAAAUGGCGUCUGGCGACAUCCCCGUUUGAAGGCCCCUUCCUAUUCGGGGCUCCAUUGGAACCUCUCCUAGCAGAAUCUAGGGACAAGCGUAAAUACUUACCUUCCAUGUCUCGUAGGUCGGGACAAAGAUUCCUCCCCUCUUCCUCCUCCUCCUCCUUUCGUCCCUUUCGAGGGCCAGAAGGAUUCUCCUUCCCUCGACAAGGUCAGAGGUCCUUUCCAUCCAGACAAUUCCGCCCCUCCGAGCGUCAAGGGUUCCAAUCUCAGCGGGGCCAAUCUAGGCGCCCCUUCCGUGGGGAUCGUGGGCGCUCCGCCCGCAGAUCCCGCUGACGGUUCGUCCAGCCUUCCCAUCGGAGGCCGCCUGGCCCUGUUUGCCAGCCAAUGGGAGGCCACAUCCUCGGACACCUGGGUCAGGGAGACUGUCAGGGUGGGCCUCUCCCUCGAAUUUCUCUCCACACCCCCGACCCGAUUUCUCAAAUGCCCUUUCUCUCGGGAUCGGGCUCGUCGGCUCCUGAUGGUAUCGGCCAUUCAACAUCUUCUCGAGAUUCAGGCCAUCGAACCGGUACCUCAGGAGCUGCGCGGACAAGGCUUUUACUCCCGCCUGUUCGUCAUCCAGAAGUCGUCGGGGGGUUGGAGGGCAAUUCUAGACCUCAAAUCCCUGAACCGACGGAUCCGAUACCGUCGGUUCAAAAUGCAGUCCCUCAGCUCCAUCUUGGAGGGUAUCAGGCCCGGGGACCAUCUGUCCUCAAUAGAUCUGACGGAGGCUUACCUCCACGUUCCAGUCCACACGGCCUUCAGGCAGUUCCUCCGCUUCUGUUAUGCGGGUCGUCAUUAUCAAUAUCGAGCCCUCCCAUUCGGCCUAUCCUCGGCCCCCCGAGUUUUUACAAAAAUCAUGGCCGCGCUAGUGGGCUACCUCCGGACUCUUCCAGUAAGGAUCCAGGCCUAUCUGGACGAUCUCCUCGUCCAGUCGACUUCGGAGGAUCUAGCGCGCCAGGACUUGGACACCACCCUCCAGGUCCUGGAGAGCCACGGGUUUUCCGUCAACAUGGCCAAGAGCCAUUUGAUACCCACGACUCGCAUACAGCACCUGGGAGCCAUCAUAGAUUCGGUGGAAGGCAAGGUUUAUCUUUCCCAGGACCGCCUGUCCAGCCUGCGGUCACUGGUCAGGUCAGUGUCGUCAGGGAGACCAGUCUCCCUGGCAGCCCUGUCCAAGCUCCUGGGAAAGAUGGUCUCCUGCAUCGGGAUCAUCCCUUGGGCGCGUCUCCACUGCAGGGAUCUGCAGUGGUUUCUGAUCCCGUUCCAAAAACGUCAUCUAGGGACUUCCGACCGCAAGGUCCUCCUUCCCCACAAAGUUCUCCUCUCCCUCCAGUGGUGGUCUUCAGCAGCAGUCCUCAAGGGGAGGGAGUUCAGGGUGUCCCAAUUCCUUAUUCUGACUACAGAUGCCAGUCUCCUGGGCUGGGGGGCCCACCUGUCCUCGUCCAUGGCCCAGGGGUGCUGGUCCCAGUCAGAUCUGACACACAAUAUAAACUGGUUGGAACUUCGGGCCAUCCACCUGGCCCUUCGGAUCUUCCAGGAUCAGGUGUCAGACAAACACGUAUUGGUACGGACGGACAAUGUAGCCGCCAAGGCUCAUGUAAACCGCCUGGGGGGGACCCGGUCUCGCCACCUCAUGCAGGAGGCCGAGAGUCUGGGAGCCUGGGCGGAGUCUCACCUGAGGUCCCUCCGGGCAUCUCACAUAUCGGGCGUGACGAACACCCAGGCGGACUGGCUCAGCCGGGAGUCAGUGGACCAAGGGGAGUGGGCCCUCGACCCGGGCCUGUUUCGGAUGAUCACCGACCGCCUGGGCCUCCCGGUGGUGGAUCUGUUCGCCACUCGGGCCAAUCGCCAGACAGAGAGAUUCUUCUCUCGCUACCCGGAGCCGGGGGCGGAGGCAGUGGACGCAAUACACAGCAGCUGGCCGGCCGGCCUCCUCUAUGCCUUUCCGCCUCUGCCUCUCAUUCCCAAAGUCAUCAGAAAGAUGCUGUUCCUCCGGGCGGAGCUCCUGUUGAUUGCCCCGUUCUGGCCCCGUCGGCCAUGGUUCGCGGACCUCCAAGCCCUGUCCGUCCGUCAUCCCUGGCGUCUUCCUCGAGACAAAGUGACUCUUCGUCAAGGGCCGUUACUGCACCCGGAUCCGGCGUGGCUUCAGCUAACCGCCUGGCGGUUGAGCGGAGCUUGCUGAAGAAGUCCAAGAUUCCUUCUCGGGUCGCCAACACUAUCCAAGCGGCUCGACGCCCGUCAACAACACGGAUUUACGACUCCACCUGGCGCUCCUUUGUGUCAUGGUGCAACCACCGCUCCAUCGUCCCUACGUCGGCCUCCACGGUACAGGUACUGGUGUUUCUGCAGGACGGCUUUGAGGCAGGCCUGGCCCCUAACACGCUCCGUCGGCAGGUCUCCGCCCUAUCCACCAUUUUGUGUUGCGGUUCUAGACAUUCCCUCUCGAGUCGUUCCCUCAUCCGCCUCUUCCUCAGGGGGGCUUCCAACCUUCGCCCGGGGUCUAUCCACAGAUAUCCCUCCUGGGAUUUGCCCUUAGUGCUAGACGCCCUCACGAAGGCUCCCUUCGAGCCCCUAAGGUCAGUGGGCCUACGUUUCCUGUCUUAUAAGGUCGCCUUCCUACUGGCCAUAACCUCGGCCAGGCGGAUUUCAGAGUUGGCAGCCCUCUCCAUCAGGGCUGAUCUCUGCGUUUUUCAUCCUGACCGGGUGGUACUUAGGUUGGACCCCACGUUCCUCCCUAAGGUGAAUUCCCCUUACCACAGGGCACAGGAACUAGUCCUUCCAAAUUUUUGUCCACGUCCUAGCCUGCCCUUAGAACGAGCCUGGCACUCCCUGGACGUGAGGAGAGCCCUUCGGAUCUACAUCCAUCGGACAUCUGACUUUCGGAGAUCAGAAUCCCUUCUAGUCUCCUUCCAGCCAUCUAGUAUGGGCCAAAAAGUCUCAUCCAUUACAGUGGGGCGUUGGAUUAGGGCCACCAUAGCCACGGCUUACGGGUCCCAGGCCUUGCCAGUUCCACCCAGGAUCACGGCCCAUUCCACCCGCAGUGCGGCCACUUCGGCCGCCUGGGCCACCCAAGCCUCCUUGGAGGAAAUCUGCCGGGCUGCGGCCUGGUCGUCCCCUACCCCGUUCAUUAGGCAUUAUCGACUAGACCAGUUUGCAUCUGCGGAUGCAGCAUUUGGGCGUAGGGUACUCCAACAGGUCCUCCAGCGGACCUCCUCAUCGGCCAGGGCAACUCCCUCCCUAUAGUUUCACGCUUUGGUAUGUCCCAUGGAAGAGGACCACCGGACCCACGUUCAAUGAGAAUGGGCUUUGCCUUACCUGAAAGCCCUUUCUGAUUGCGGUGGGUCCGGUGGUCCGCCCCGCCCUGUUAUGCCCAGGGCCGAUUCGGCGGGGUUCUGGUGUCCUGUUUCCUUUCUUGCAGCUCACCGUGUAGGUCUGCUACAAAUCGAAUCUCAUCAGAAAGCUGGGAGGCUACAGGAAGGGAGGAGCUUCUCAGCUAGCAGACCCGAUCCGACGUCAUCGGAAGAGCACUCCCCAUGGAAGAGGACCACCGGACCCACCGCAAUCAGAAAGGGCUUUCAG